AAAGUUCAUCCGCAAAUCUCGAAGAUGAGAGUGAGAACAGGGUAUAUUGUGCUAUCCUUUGCCCUCUUGCUUGCUUCCGCGACGGUAGCUUUAAGCAAGGAGGAGGAGCAUCAAUGCUUGGUGGGAGAACAUGACGGCGGAAGUUGCGGCGGCGCCGGCCACCGUGGGCACGGCGGAGAGGAGCAGUACCCUUUCGUUUUCCAGCGGGAGGAGUUCGAAACUCAGGCGGCGUCCGGGGAGAGCAUUUUCCGAAUGCUCCCCAGAUUCUCCGACCGGUCAGACCUGUUCGAGGGAAUCAAGGAUUACCGUCUCGCUUUUCUCUUGGUGGAAUCGCAAACCUUUGUCGUCCCAAAUCACGAGGAUGCUGAGUUUAUCUGCACUGUUGUUUUAGGAAGGGGAAGUGUGGCUGUAAUCCGGCAAGACGGGAAGGAAAGCUUCAAUAUUUACGAGGGCGACGUGUUGAGGAUUCCGCCGGGGACGACAACUUACAUAGUCAACACCGACAACGUUAAAAAAGUUCCACUUGAGUUCUUCAUUCUUAUACGGAGCAUUUCCACCCCCGGUCGUUUCCAGUUCUUCUCCGGCGCCGCAGGAAAGAAGCCGGUGUCGUUCUUCAAUGGCUUUAGCCGUGAAACACUAGAAGCAGCUUUGAACACGAAGUGGGAGACAAUACAGCGCGUGUUGUUCGGAGAGCCGCAGGAAGAAGGUCCUUUCCUUAAAGUGACAGAAGAGCAGUUAAGGUCUCUGAGCCAAGAAGGAGACGAGGGCGGCAUUAGGCCUUUCAGAGGCGACGAAACGUCAAAGAACAGAUCCAUCAAUGUCUUCCCGCACAAAACUGUGUCCAACCAGUACGGUGUAAUCUACGAAGUGGGCACUACACAUUUCAAACCGCUCGAUGAAGUUGACGUCAAUGCUGCUUUCGUCAACAUCACAGAGGGAGGAAUGUUGGGUCCAUUUUUCAACUCGAGAGCGACACAGGUAGCAGUAGUGCUCGAAGGGGAAGGGUGGCUAGAAAUGGGGUGUCCCAAAAACAAUUACCAGACAGUGAGGUCGAAGCUGAAAACGGGGAUGGUUGUCGUCAUCCCGCCGGGAUAUCCUUACGUCAACGUGGCGACCAGUAAUCCCAGCAAGAGUCUGCAGUUCGGUUGGUUCGAUAUCAACGGGCGAGGCAACGAAAGAGUAACUCUCGCCGGGACCAACAACCUCUUCCUUAAACUGGGAAACGCGGCCAAGGAUUUGUCGUUCGCCGCCGGUUCCGAUAAAGAGUCUGUUAAUGUGGUGUUUGGUAGCCAACCGCUUGAGUUGUUCUUCAAGGCCCCUCCCAGCAGCUUGAAUCCUGAUCAGUGAUACAUGUCAGGAGUUUCAGCAAAUUAAUUAGCUUGCAAUUAUGAGAAUAAAUCCACUAUAUAUUGUUGGUUUUGUUGCAAUUGGUCCAAUAUGUAUUGUUGGUUUUACUGGCCGAGAUCGGUCCAAUAUAUAUUUAAAGAAUAAGUAUUAAGGCUUUUCUCA